ACAACAAGCUUGUUUUGCACACAGCAAAAAGAGGGUGCCUCCCUCCUUUUCCUGCUAGAAGAAGGAGUGAAAGGACACUUAAAUACUGGGGCCUGAUUACCCUAGUCAGCUGCUCUUCAGACCUCCCAGGCACCAUGAAGACUUUCCUCACUCUGGGGCUUCUCCUGCUCUCAGUCACAGUCCAGAGCAAGGUCUUUCAGCGCUGUGAGUUGGCCAGAACUCUAAAAAGCCACGGAAUGGAUGGCUAUGAAGGAGUCAGCCUGGCAAACUGGAUGUGUUUGGCCAAAUGGGAGAGCAGUUAUAACACAAAAGCUACAAACUACAAUCCUGGAAGCCAAAGUACUGAUUAUGGGAUAUUUCAGAUCAACAGUCGCUACUGGUGUAAUGAUGGCAAAACCCCGGGUGCAGUGAAUGCCUGUGGGAUCUCCUGCAGCGCUCUGCUGCAAGAUGACAUCAGUCAAGCCAUAACAUGUGCAAAGAGAGUCGUGAGGGAUCCACAAGGCAUUAGAGCAUGGGUGGCAUGGAAAAACCGCUGUCAAAACCAAGAUCUCUCUCAGUACGUUCAGGGCUGUGGAGUGUAACUGCGGUCCUUUCCUUCUUCAGCUCAUUCUGUCUCUUUUUCACAGUAUGGAAGUACUUAUGGCAAAGGUCACAUUGCCUUGGUUCCCCUUCAAACAUGGAAUUUUUAACAGGAAUAGGAGCAGUAGACAGACUUUUUCCUAAGAGCCUUAACAUUGACUGAUGUGCUCAACAUUUUAUGCAAAGCUUCCAUGUUUCAGUUAGCUGAUGUACUGAUGCUGUUGAAAUUUAUCUAAAACUUUUACCAUCCAAACCACCUCUGUGCAUGAGUUCUUCAUCUUGAUCUGAAUUAAUCUCAAUCCUCCCUCCAUUGGAUACAGAUAGAAUAAAAGUUUACAUAAGAUGAAUUUAUCUUAGGUAAAAUCCCAGCUGUGUGAGCAUCUGAUGCCUUAUGCAGGCAGUAAGCAACCUGUCUCCUGGGAAAGGUGAACUUUUAAAGGAGCAGAAUUCCAAGCGGAUGAGAACAGGGAAUGCCUCUAUACAGAAAUUUAAUAGAAUGUGUGACCUUUUCUUUCAGUAUUUUCUUAGAGCUAGCCCAGUUAUAGUGCUUUAAACAUAGAUUCACAACUCAGUCUGUUCUAGCUUUUGAAAAAAUGCUAAGCUUGGGAAGUGGCACCCGCCUUGAAUCCCAGUACUUGGGAGGCAGAGGUGGGUGGAUCUCCGUGAGAUGGAGACCAGCCUGGGUUCCAUAGUGAGUUCCAGGCCAGGUAUGGCUCAGGAAGACCCUACCUCAAAAAAGGAAAAAAAAAAAAAAUGCUUCAAUGCAUGCUGCUGAUCAUGAAGGUAUUCAGGGGGCUAAUGAGGUGUGCUUUCCUUAAUUUUGCUAAUAGAGAUUAACUAAACCUGAGACAGAUGAACUUGAAGUAGUAAGUAACCACAGGAAAAAAAUUAUGUAUAUUGUGAAAAAUAUACAAAUUACCAUUAAAUGUUUUCAAUGCGUA